AUGAGGCCUCUAGUGCUGCUGUGGGGCUGCCUGGUGCUCCCAGGUUAUGAAGCCCUGAAGGGCCCAAAGGAGAUCAGUGGGUUUGAAGGUGACACUGUGUCCCUGGAGUGUACCUAUGAGAAGAAGAUGGAGAGGUACAGGAAGUAUUGGUGCCGGCAGGGUGGCAUUCUGUUGCCCCGAUGCAGUGACAUUAUCUACACAAGUCAGGACCAGGAGGUGACUCAAGGCAUGAUGUCCAUCCUAGACAGCCCCCAAGAGCUCUCCAUGACCGUGACCAUGAGGGACCUUACCCUGAAGGAUUCAGGGAAGUACUGGUGCGGGAUUGACAGACUGGGCCUCGAUGAGUCUUUUGAGGUCACGCUCAUUGUCUUUCCAGGAAAAAGGGACAGUCCUGUCCCUGCUGGCACCUGCUGUCCUUCUUCCCCCACCCCCUCCUUCCAGCCUCUUACACCUACCUGGAGUCCGCAGCCCAAGGCAAAGGCCUGGCAGACUCAGCUCCCAGAACUGACUUCUUCCGGUCUCCACCCGACAGUCGUCACGGCCAAACAGGGGAAGACAGGGGUCAAAGCCCCUGUAUUCACCGAGGCGGCCCCAGCCUGGUCUACAGGAACUUCCCAGGGUCCCUCAGGAAUCUCUCCAUAUGCUGGGCACUCUCCUCACACAGCAACCCCAACCCGAUCUGCAGGAACCUCCCAGGUUCCCCCAGGAAUCUCUCCAUAUGCAGGGAGGUCUCCUCACACAGCGACCUCUCCUCAUGCAGGGAGCUCCCGCCCAGUCAUCUGGCUGCCCCUCACCACAACAAAGGACUCCAGGGCUGCAACCAGCAGCAUCUCCAAGCCCAGUGUGUCCAUCCCAAUGGUCCGCAUGAUGGCUCCAGUCCUGGUACUCUUGUCUCUGCUGCUGGCUGCAGGACUAAUUGCCUUUGGCAGCCACAUGCUCCGGUGGAGAAAUAAAGUUUGGCUGGCCACACAGACACAGAAAAACAAGAAGGUCUACCUUGAAACCUCGCCGCCGAGGAAUGGCUGGACCCCUGAAGACUUGACGGUAGACCUUGCCGUGUCUCCCGAACGUCUCAGAAACCCCAACCCUUCUGCUGUGCCUUCUCCUGAGUCACAGAGCCUCAGCCAGUCUACAGAGGAAGAGGCAGCCCGCUCCCUGGACGCCAUGGACGUCAUGGCACCACCUCCCCUGCAAAUGUCUACGGAGGAACUGGCCUUCUCCGAGUUCAUCUCUGUGUAACUGCAGAAUGCCCCAUGGUCGGUCAGGCACUGUAAAGCUGGACGGCUGAGUUCGCAUGGAUUCUCCGGCUCUACUCACAGUUCAUGGCUCUAUCCACCUUCCUUCCGCCUCCCUUGCAUACCCCAGAUGGAGAAGUGUCUGUGGACCCUGGAGCCCAGGAUGGUACUUAACAAUUCCAGCCAGAGGCUGGAACCUCCCCGCAUAUCCUAGUCCCCGGGAAGAGUCACUGGGUGCAGGCCUUCAGCAGGGCCUGGCAAGCUCCACAGAUGAGGGCUGAGUUUGUGUGUGUUCCGGGAAAUGCCCUGGGCAUGGGUACCUAGCCUAGCAGUCCUGCCUCCCAUCCUCAGCAGAUCCCACCUUCGCCUCGCUCCAAUUCUCCUACAUCAGGUGCUAUGGAGGAGACACCAUAUGUGUGUCUAUGAAACACCUGCAUCCUGGCCCUUUAGAAAAUAAUUAAAACAAAAUUCUGCAGACCCAUCAAGACUCACCCAAACAAUCCCUAGGUCAGGGCCCAGGACUCCAUAGUUCUGACAAGUGACCCAGCGUUUCCCACACUUAGGCCUGAUGGAUUCUCAGCCCCUUUUAGCUAGAGUCUUCCUUCCUUCCUUCCUUCCUUCACUGUGGGGUCUCCUAUAUGCUCCCUAGACCUCUGAUCAUGACACCAUGGUCCCAGGAGGAGCUUCCUGAUGCCUCCCUGGUCAGGCACACUAUGGUGACAGCCAGCCCAAGGCAGCCAGGGAUCAGCUGUCUUCCCAUUCUCCUUCCCCAAGGCCCUGUAUCCCUCGCUUUGGGAAGACAUUGGAAGAAGACUCCUUAUCAUUCCUGUCCAGAAGGGUUACUCCUGCAUGGGGUCUGGAGGCUGGAGGAGAGGAAGAGGGGAAAACCAGAGUGGGCAGGGAGGAGGGAGGGGGCAGAAAGACAUUAGACUCUACCUACUAGAGGAGAACACUAAAUCCAGGCCUGCUGAGUGGGAGAAAGGCAGGAAUAUAAGACAGAAGUAUAGGGAGAAUACAAGAGAAGGGAGGGACGAUGUUUUUAGGACCAUAUAUAGCCUCAGCAAGCCCUGUUGACAGCUCUGACUGAGCUUGCAGGAUCCUCCCCUUGCCUUCUUGUAUUUGCAGAUGCUCUUGUAUUUACAGAGGGGUCAUCUCACUGCACACUGCACAUCCCAUGCUCUCAUCACAAGCAACCCUCCAUGCCCUACAGACUUUGUACAAUAAACUUUCCCAGCUGUG